AUAACAUGCAAUUGUAAUAACUGCUUUCGAGGGUUAAUUUAUACGUGUUUUUAAAAUGAUCGGAUUCGUAAUUAUUCUAACCUUACUGAGCGUAUCCCUGUGCGAUGACCCGCCAGAAUUGAUUGUGCAGUACGCGGCAGUAAUAUUUAGACAUGGCGACAGAACCCCCGUAGACAUGUAUCCUACCGAUCCAUACAGGAAUGAAUCCUUGUGGCCGGUCAAGUUUGGCCAGCUGACGAACACCGGCAAGCGGCAACACUACGCACUAGGCAAGUGGUUCAGGGAAAGGUAUGGGAAAAUGGUGUCUCCAAAAUUUGAUCCUACUCAAGUUAGAGUGAGGUCUACUGAUGUAGAUCGCACAUUGAUGUCCGUAGAAGCUAACUUAGCAGGAAUGUACCCUCCUGUUGGAAAUUCUGUUUGGGAUGAUCAAUUAAUGUGGCAGCCAAUACCGGUCCAUACUAUUCCUGAAAAAAUGGAUGAAGUUCUAGCUAUGGAAAGAAAAUGUGCUGCAUACGACAAGGCUCUUGAAGAAUACAAAGAUUCUAAGGAAUAUAAAGAAAGACUAGCUAAAUAUCAAGACCUGAUGGAUUAUAUGACAGCAUACACGGGCAAGAAGAUUAAGGAUUAUUACGAUAUCUUCACUGUCUACAGUAAUUUGAAUAUUGAGAGAUUGUAUAACUUUACACUACCAAACUGGACUCAUAACGUGUACCCUGACGAAAUGAGAGAGCCGGCCUGUUAUAGUUUCCGGAUUCCGACGAUGACUCCACUGUUAGCGCGUCUGAAGGUCGGUCCGCUGAUCCAGGAGAUUGUGAUGAACAUGGCUAACACUUCUCUCACCUAUCCCAAGGGCUACUCCAAGACAGUAAAACUUGCAGUAUACAGUGGACACGAUUACACCGUUGCGAGUGUUCUCAAUGCUCUGGGCAUGUUCGAUGGAAAGUGCCCUGUGUACACAUCUACUAUUCUCAUGGAGCUUUUAUAUUCUAAUAACACAUACCAGCAUUUCAUCAGAAUCUCAUACAGGAAUUUCACUGACAUUGAAGAACCGCACGUACUGAAAAUACCAUACUGUGGAGAAGUUUGCAACUUCAGCAGAUUUGUAACUCUCUAUGAAAAAUUACUAAACAUUAAUUGGGACUUCGAGUGUGCUAACCAGGUUAAUGAGGUAUUGUUUAGCCCCGUGAUCGGCAUAACGGUAAUGUUCAGCUUCGGAUGCCUAGCGGCGUUGCUUUGGACGCACAAAAUUCUCGCCCAGCCUAAGUUUAAGAGGCAUUUAAGUUAUUCAAACGUGAGUGCUGAUAACAAGUGCCAGAAAAUUAUUGAGGCCUAGAUAGCUAAUAUACCUUUGCCAAAAGGCACUAAAAUGUCAAAAACUGUAUAACUAAAAUCAAUUAUUUAAAUCCUGGAAUUCCUGAAAGCAUUUUGU